AUGGGGUACUGCGGCCCCGCGCCCCUCUCUGGGCUGCCAAGGGGAGCCGAGGGGCAGGCGCAGUGGGCGAGAAGGAACUCGUCCGUUUUCACAAACAACGACGCGUCGCGGCGGCAGGAGAUGCUGGGGCCGAAGCUCACCUUGAAGGGAUUGUUGAGAUCCGGGUCGGCAAACGGGUUACUGUCGAAAUCCGACAUCUCUCUGGCUCUCGGCGUCACCCACCCGACCCAGGCGCUGAGAGAGAGACGAGGCGAGGCCGCCGCCCCCCUGCGCGCUCACGUCGCCGCCGCGGAGCAGAUCCGGGUGCAGCUCGCGGGCCACCCAGCCGGCCGCGCCACUGAGCAUGCCCGGUGCGGCGGGCUCCCGGCCACGGCGCCGCUCGCGUUCGCCGUCCCGUUCCUCCAGGUCCGGAUCGCACGCUCCGGGCUUUGGCUGCGACCGAGUAGGGAGUUGGGGCGUAGGAACCGGGAACUGAGAGCGGAUGAAAAGCGUCCCACACGCCACGAGCCCGCGGGAUUCUCGGAGAGUAUGGGACGCUUCCCCUCCGCUCUCAGCCGGAGGCCGGCUGCGUCCGGCCCUGCUCGGUCUUCUGAAGACCAAUUUCAAAUCAGCUCCCCGGGGCCCAGCGUGACUUAGGGAAGUGGUGGCAUUUUGUGGGAAGGACGCACACUUGCCAGGUUGGGGGAGGCACCCGAGUCGCGGGCCGCGCACCCCGGGAGCAGUGCCGUUAGACCAUCGGACGCGGGCACUGGAGAGGCCACUGCACCGCCAGCCGCAGAUCACCUCCCCGGGGCGGGGACGCGGCCGCUGCUACGGGUUUUUGAGCACUCGUGACCCCACCUGAGAAUCCCGGCCUCCCAUCUUCCGGUCUCUCUGACUCUAAGUUGCUGCUAAAUCACGGAGAGCAGCCUUGGCGCUGCCGGUCCCAGCUUGAUCCAAGGAGCCUGGAGAAGGAGAUGAGAUUCAGUCCGAAGGGCCGGCCCUGGCUGCCAUCCUCCGGAAUCUGCAAAAUGGCUACUUCUUCAGAAAUAAUGGGAGAGGGAUGGUAAGAGGCCAGAGAUCAAGGCCCUCGAGUAUUAACUCUAGCAUUUGGGCACCAAAUAGACACUUUUGGAUUUUCCCUAGUCUUUUCCAACACCAAGGACGAGAUGAUCAAAAGAUGUGUUAAGAAAUUCAUUUGUACUGGCCGGGCGCGGUGACUGACGCCUGUAAUCCCAGCACUUUGGGAGGCCGAGGCGGGCGGAUCACAAGGUCAGGAGUUCGAGACCAGCCUGGCCAAUAUGAUGAAACCCCGUCUCUACUAAAAAUACAAAAAUUAUCCGGGGGUGGUGGCGGACGCCUGUAGUCCCAGCUACUCAGGAGGCUGAGGCAGGAGAAUCGCUUGAACCCGGGAGGCGGAGGUUGUAGUGAGCCGAGAUCGGGCCACUGCACUCCAGCCUGGGAGACAGAGCGAGACUCCGUCUCAAAAAAAAAAAAAAAAAAAAAUCAGUACCAUUCCUUCCCCCGACCCCGCCCCACCACCAAACUUAUUGAAAGAGCAUCGCUUUCCUCACUUUUCCUUCUGCCCUAACAGAAAAGCACUUAGAUGAAGCUACAGGAAGCCAGAAUUCUUUUGACUUGGUGAGUACCGGAGGGUUGGAAGAAUCUAGAUUGAGUAUUCCUUGGCCUUUGGGGAGCUUGCUCUAUGCAAAGUCACCUAGGAAAUGAUACUUCCCCCACUGUGAAACACUAGCUAGAGAUGACAGACAAAAAGCACAUUUGUUGUAAUCUCCCUUUGACGGGAUCUAGGUUGGAAUAGAUGCCGAAGCAGCUGCUUCUAGGUAGUCAACGAAGAUGUCAACUAGUAAAUGACAACAGACAAGGAUGAUCACAGCAGAGUUGUAAGAUUCUAGAUAUCAAAAAGUGCAAGCAGUCUAUUGUACUCACCAUCGCAUCCUCAGCAGCUGCCCAGUGCCCGGUUUUAACUUGCUGCUCAGUGUAUGUGUCAGGUUUUAAUCCCAAUUCUGAUACUACCUGUGCUAUUCUUUUCACCUCUCUGAGUCUGUAAAGGAUUAUUUAAGAAUUAACAUAAACAAGAUACAGAAAA